UUCCACUUGGUUCAGGAGCAGAGACAGAGAAAUUGUACCCAGCAGCGAUUUAUUUCACUUUUUACUUGGAAGCCAUAGUCAGUGCAUCGUAGUUUUGAGAGAAGUCGUAAUUUACACGACAAUUUCUGUGUUUUGUGAAGUAUUUCUGUGCUCAACAACUAACAAGGAAUGGAUCAAAUCGCCAAAAUCUACGAACCCGGCCGUUCGUUCGCGAAGGACUCGAUCAGGCUGAUCAAGCGCUGCACCAAGCCAGAUCGUCGCGAGUUCCAGAAAAUCGCUAUCGCAACCGCAAUCGGCUUCUGCAUUAUGGGAUUUAUCGGUUUCUUCGUGAAAUUGAUACACAUUCCGAUCAACAACAUUAUCGUUGGCUCGUAAGGAGGAGGAACCCGCCGUUUCGCGUGUGUAAGCAAGCAUUAGGUCACCACCAUUCAAUAAACAGCGAGAUGUGUAGUGGGAAGCAGCAGUCGUUAGGAGAUGCAAACCUGGGAGUGGAGGACCGUCUAAUAUGGGGACAUCCAGAGACACACACAAUAUAUGUUAAAUCAACUACUGUCGUACAUUUAAGGAUUACAACUCUUUAGCGUUUAAAUACACAUGGUAAUGUUUUGUGGAUGCAAUUAGCUGAAGCAAGUGAAGAUCAUUUAGGUGAACAAUUUGAAGAAUAAUAUUUAUUGUUUCAUUAUACACAAA